UGAAAUGCAUGCACAGCUUUAUUCUUUACAAUUUAAUUUUCAUAUUCACAUUUAAUAGUUUGUAAAGUUAAUUGUUGCCAAGAUAUCAAGAAGCAACAAUGUAUCGUUCAAAGUUUUCCUCCUGUUGAUCUAUUGGUUUUUCAUUUUGUGGAAAAUAUAAUUUAAUCCAUAAGAACCGAAACAACAAAAUAUAAAAGGAGGGUAAAUAAUUGUCAGCAUAAAUAAAUUCAAUAAUCAUCAAAUCAUCUAUAAAUGCAAUGUGAUAGAUCAUCUCCUUCAUCUGACUUUGCUUCUGUAGAUCAUGCAAAGGGGAACGUUGCUACAGGUAGUUUUACAAAUGUUGCUACCUACAGGUGUUUUUUUACAAAUUGUCAACGUGUAAAAGUGGCUACUGUUUUCGUGAAUAUUUUAUCAUUAUUUCCGAUUUGAAGUAUCCUAUUUGAAUUCGUAAGUUGAGCUAUACAAUUUAACCAUUUAAUAUUUCUGAAGACUUUCUGUUAUAUCGCUUCCAUCCAUUUGACGGAUCAAGUCAUAAUUUCCACAUAAAAUUAUUUAAAAAUUACCUUUGUGUAUUGAACAUUUUAAUAUUAGGAAGUCUUGAAAAUAACUACAAUAGAGCAAAGUAAAAACGUUCAAAUCUACUAAAACUCCCAUCAAAAGUGACAUGAUAAGCUCAAGAUCGUCCAGUAUCAAUGCUUGGUGACCUAUUCCAAGUUAUUAUCCAACUUAUACUUAUGUCGUCAUGAGGCAAAACAUGUUUUGUGUUAAAUAUUGUUUAUUGAAAAAAAUUGAAAAGAAGCGUGCUAUCCACAUGUACCUUGAAAGGAAACUCUAUUAACAGUUCCGGCUCUUCGAGGAUUCAUUAAAAAAAUAAAAAAAUGUGCAACUUACACCUUGCCCAUUUUAUUAAUGUUAUAACCAUUUGUUGUUUGUAAGCUGAUUUCGCAUAAAGCGUAUGUUGUUUUUCUCGUAACUGUUCAGUUUUAAGGCCGUGGAGCGGAAUGGCUCAGAGUACAUCAGUUGCUCGUCGCCUUCACAAAUGUCAAAUUACAGUAAAGUGUAUAGCACAAAACAAGUAACAAACUAUGUACGAUGCAAUCUUUGCCAACAGUUCAAAAGUUCACAGUAUCUUUGAUAACGAAUGAAAAUCGUCCAUUAACCCUAACCCCCUAGGGUGUAUGUAAAAUCAUAUUGAAAUCCGAGGAUUUGGGACUGUUAGGGUUAAAAACUUGUUAUUAUCAAAAGCGAAACGUAAUCCUUAGAUUCAUAACACAGUUUACAUUAUGCACAAAUGUCAGUAUAGUUACAAAAUUUCAUUAUUAAAUUCAACUAGGGCCUAUAUAUGCAGUUGCUUUACAAAAUAUUUUGUUAUUUUGUUCUUGUACUUGUUGAAAACAAGGUAGUCUACAAGUUUCACAUUAACUUGGCAAUGGUUACUCAAAAUGCUGGAAAACAAUUUAAGUUUGUUGCUUCCAUAAAUCUGAACUCUAGUCUUCCGUCUUGAGUUUGUGCUUGGAAUAAAUUGAAACAUUUGAUGUUCUUUAUACUUAUGCUCUGUACAAUAACUCAGCGUUGAGACACAGCCCGGGGAAGGAACCAGGUGAAAAGAUACCUCCCAGACAACUGUGAUGAACAUUAUUCAAAGUUUUGUCACAACUUCUACAUAUGAUUCCCUCGAUGCCAUAUCGUAGUCUGGUUCCGGAAUAUCAGGUAUUUACCGUGGCUGCUACUUCGACGGUGAUGGGUAUCGUUCUGCCCGGAUCAUGACGGAUCUCAUCAAGUGUGAUGGCAUGGCGGGCGUAUGCCAGGACUCUUGUGGACCUGGAGAGAGAUAUUGCGAAAGCAACAGCAAUAUGACCAUCGAUUUUUGUCAGUCACUUUGUAGAGCUAAAAACUUCCAGUACUACGGCCUGGAAGGUGGCAACCAGUGCUUCUGUGGUGGCGCCUUUGCAAAUCCUUUUCUUUAUGGAUCGCAACUGGAUGGCAAUCUGAUAAAUUGCACUGAUCCUUGCACAGGCGAUGGUAGCCAAACCUGCGGAGGGGAAUUUAGAAUCGGGAUUUAUGAAUUUCAAGAUCCCGUUGAGACCCCUGGCUGUUUCUUCCCGGGUGCAGUCCCUAAUGCUAGAGUGAUGGAUGUAGGUGUUGGUGUCAACGAAACACUCAUCUUCACCUGCCAGCCUGGAUUUGAGUUGUUGGGAGAGUCUACUUUGAUGUGUGUUGGCAAUCGCACGUGGUCGUCAGAUGUUUUACCUAUCUGUAACUACACAGGCGUGUAUCCAGCAAACACGACUCAAGUGUCCCCAAUCCAAACAUCAAAAAGUACUGCAGUGAAACCGACAACUGAAAAUCUAGCCACUACAGUGCAAGAUACCACCAGUUCAGCAUUUGAUCAUGGAGAAACCACCAAAGCACUGAGUUCUAAAUUUACUGAGAUGCCCAGACUGACAACCAAGCUCCAGAUAUCCAUGACAGAUUAUCUGCCGUACAUAAUUGGAGGAGCAGCUGGCCUCCUGUUGCUGUUGGUGAUCUGCAUGGUCUGUGUAGUCGCAUGUAAAAUCAGGAAGCAAUCGGGAACUGUAAAUCAGGACAUUCGCUUGAAACCGGAUGGCCUUGCUCCAGUAACGCUACUGAAUACAGGUUUCAGUCCUGGCGAGGACCCAGAGACCGAUAUACCAGACAUAUUCAGUGCAUCCAAUAAUCAUCCCUCGACUGAAGAGAAGGAGUACAUCAGCCAAGGCGGCCCAGCAAAUUGCGAGAUGUCCACGUUCUCAAUGGGCAAAAACAGCGGCAGUAAGAAUGACAAUCCCUCCUUGGAAGACUCCCCUGCCUACGCAAAUAUGAAGAGUGUGUCGCCCCUGAACUACCCACCGAACCCGAUCUACGAGAGUGCCGAUGGACCCAAAGAGACUCACUUUAAGAAAGCUGAAGAUGUGUACAUCAAUAUGAACUCAAACCUUGGAGCAAACGCUGCUUCAUCCGAAAAGUAUGAUAGUGACCUGGAGGACAGUUUCUACGAUCGAGUUGACGGUGGCAAGAAGUGGGACUCAAAGGAAAAUUUGAUUUCUGAUAAUGGAGAUUCAGCUUUUUUUACAGACCCAGAGAGUUCAGCUGCAACUAAACUGUAACAAAAAUAGGCAGCUCAUAUCAAAGACUCUCGAAAAGUGCGUACUGUAUUAAGGGUGUGCCACGAUAUUAUUGAGCAAACAACGCUCUAUGCAUGACCCAGAAUUCGGCGCAAAUUAGGUGAUGGUGAAUAAUAAUAUGAAGAACACCAAGAAACAUUAUGACCUGCCUAAUAUGCAAAUGAAACCGAACUCAACGACUAUCAAGAAAACUUACUAUAAGGAGUCAUUUCAAAAUUCGUCUGGGACAAGUUGCAGACAAGUUGAGGACAAUGAUGUGAGUAUUUUACGCAACUUUUCUGCAACUUCUUUCAAUGAAGCAAUUACUUUGGGUACACACAUCUCCAACUGUGUUCUUUGGUUUGGGCCAAGCGUGCCACUCAAGGGCACACUGCUGUGCGGUCACAUGUCUACUACAUGUAUACGCUUCCUGCAAGUAAUGUUGAUAUAACCCAUGCAUUUAGAAAUAUUCUGGAUAUAUUUCUUAUUGAAUACAAUUUCUCCUGUGAAUUAAAGUUUAAGGAGUAAAUGGCA